AUGUCUUCUUCUGCGCGCGCUGUGCAUUUUCCUGAGCUAUGCGUCUUCGACCUCGAUGCCUGCUUUUGGGAUCAAGAAAUGUACGAAAUGCCGGAAGUGCCGACGGCCGACAACAUCGUCAUAGGCGAUUUAAACGGACGUGGUGAAGGCGUCAUCGGGGUCCUAUCGGGGCCACAUGAAAUAAGGCUCCACGAUGGAUCACUAUACGCUUUGCAAAACCAUGCCGACGGCAAUUAUCCGGGAAUGAAAGUCGCUUUUGCCAGUUCCGCCGAUACUCCCUUCGCUGAAAAGAUUGGCAGAGCUUCACUAGCUUUGUUAGAAGUGGUUCCAGGAAUGACAGUCUGGGACUUGGUGGUUAAGAGAGACUGGAACGGAAUUGAUGUCAAUCAAAUUGGCCGCCAGCCGCCUCUCUCGUCUAAUAAAGCGUCGUCCCACUUUCCCCGUUUGAAAGAAGCCACUGGUAUUCGAUACGACAAGAUGCUGUUCUUUGACGACUGUAACUGGGGCGACCAUUGCGGUAUGGUAGCAGGGCGGUGUCGGGAAGAAAGUACAUGCCUGGGGCCCGCUACUGUCCGAACGCCGUACGGCUUACGUUUAAAGGAGUGGAAUCGAGGCUUGGAAGCAUAUAGGAAGCAAGUAGACGAUUCUAAGCAGCAAAAACCAAAAACGCUCCGCUACGCGGGUUCGGCUUCACAGUCGACGAGUACUGUAUUUCACUCCGUUCUCCAUUCGGGAGAUUAUCAGUAUCAAUCAUCGCUACCUUUUUCGUACCUGUCAAAAAGUAUGUCAAAGCGUAAUCGCGAAGAAACCUACAGUCCUUCGUCAUCGCAUGUACCCCUUCAGGAAAGCGAGCAAGGCCAUUGGUAUGGAAACUUUCAUAACUAUUACAAUUUCCAUCCUGUAGCGGAACGAUGCAGGAUCCUUUCCCAGCCAAAAGGCUUUUUGGAUACAAUCGCUAGUGCUGCCUUAGACCAAAAUCGACUUCAACGGAACGUUGAGCUUUCGUACCGGUAUACAGACAUUGGUUGCAACCAAGGCUGCUUGACCAUAGAGGUCGCCAAGGCGCUGCAUGAGCGACUUCUUCGAAAUCAUGGAAAAGUCUCCUUUGAAGCGAUAGGGAUCGACUUAGACACGGCAUUAAUUAAAAGAGCCAACAGCAUUGCAUCCUUAAGCGAUAAAGAUUCAAGUUCGUCCAGGCCGACGAUCCAAUUUUCCUUUCGGGCAGGAGACGUUCUCGAGGACGAAAGCGUUCUGGUACAGACUGACAUCACCAGUAUCUUUAGUACCACAAUGUGGAUUCAUAUGCAUGGAGGUGACGAAGGUUUAAAACGAGUAUUGAAGCGUGUGUGCGCAACUUCCAAGCAUUUCAUCUUGAUCGAGUCACAGCCUUCCCGGUGCUAUCGCGCUGCUAAAAUGCGACAGCGUCGUAUGAAUCUCACGGAAAUGGAUGUUUCCCCACAAAGACUUACCAUGAGACUGAAUAUUGAAGAGGAAAUCGAAAAUAUUUUGAAGAUCGAUGGGUUUGAUCGAGUGAAGGAUGAUGGAAUGACGACGGUAGACAGCAAUACGUCGUGGAAUAGAAAGCUAAGGUUGUACGCGAGACGGUGA